GGUGGCCUGGAACUGACAUGCGUUGUUUUGUUUGCUGGUUUGAUUUAUUACUUACUGCCUUGCUUUGUUCGAUUGAGUGCCAAGUCAGGAAACAGCAACGGCCGUUCACUUCUUCCAAUUGCAGUUUUUCAUCUCGUUUGACUCAGACACGUACUUUGCUGUACCUAGCUACCUACGAACUACCUAACCAGGAGGUAUCUACCUACCACCUUACUGAUAAACUGUACAUUUGGGACUGGUGGCAGCAGAAGGGCCAAGACCAAGACCAGGACGAGACGUGCCAUCCGGCUUUCCUGAACCCUUGUCAUCGUUCGCGGUUCUUGUGCCUGGCUUCGUCUCAUCUUCGUCAUGUCCGCAACUUCGACAAAGACCAAGACCAAGCUAACCUUGGAGAAGGAUUCUGAUUUCGAGACUUAUUCAUCCGGACGCGAUACAUCUUCGCCGCCGGAUCUUCGCAUCCUGCACUACAAUGAUGUCUACCAUUUAGACCCAUCAUCCGCCGAACCCGUUGGCGGUGCGGCUCGUUUCCUCACUCUUGUCAAAGAAUACCAAUCUGGUCAAGAGUUCCAGGGACAGCCGGAGCUGCUGACUUUCUUCUCUGGUGAUGUCUUCAACCCGAGUCUGGAGAGCUCCAUAACCAAGGGUAGCCACAUGGUACCCAUCCUAAACUCGAUAGGGACGGCCUGCACUUGUGUCGGGAACCAUGAUCUUGACUUCGGAGUAAAUCAGUUUGAAUACCUUGCUCGGAAAUGUAACUUCCCCUGGCUCCUCGCCAACGUCCUCGACCCGGCAUUGGGUGAAGAUGUUCCCAUCGGCCACGCCAAAAAGACACAUAUUAUGACGGCAUCCAAUGGUAUAAAGGUUGGGUUGAUUGGCCUUGCCGAGCGCGAGUGGCUCGAGACCGUCAACGCGCUGCCCCCAGACAUCAUCUACAAAUCAGCUACACAGACGGCCAAGGAACUCGUGCCAAAGCUGCGUCAGGAAGGGGCAGAGAUUGUAAUUGCAUUGACGCACCAGCGCGAACCGAAUGACAACAAGCUGGCAGAAAACAUGGGGAGCGAGAUUGACAUCAUACUCGGCGGCCACGAUCACUUCUACAACCACAGCCUCAUCAACGGCUGCCAUGUGCUCAGGUCUGGUAGUGACUUCAAGCAGCUUUCCUACAUCACUGCCCGCCGCUCCACGUCUGCAAAGUCCAAAUGGGAUUUUGAAAUCCGCCGCCGGGACGUCAUAUCGGCAGUGCCUCAAGAUGGUGAAACAGCGCAGCUGAUCGACCAAUUGACGUCCAAGCUCAAGCAGAGUCUGGAGAAGCCAGUCGGCUGGACAGCCACACCGUUGGACGCGCGCUUCACCGUCGUCAGGACGCAAGAGAGCAACCUUGGGAACUUCAUCUGCGACAUAAUGCGGCAUCACUACCAGGCUGACUGCGCGAUGAUGGCGGCUGGAACAAUCCGUGGUGACAUGGUCUACCCGCCGGGCCCGAUCCGAAUCAAGGACAUCACCGAUUGCUUCCCCUUUGAGGACCCGGUUGUGGUCAUCAAGGUUACUGGAAAGGAUAUAUGGGAUGCUUUAGAGAGUGGUGUCUUGCUGUACCCGGCGCAAGAGGGUCGCUUCCCUCAGGUCUCCAACAUCAAGUUCACCUUCGACCCUUCGAAAGAUCCCGGAUCUCGAAUAGUAACAGCGAGCAUCGGUAGCGACGACCCGAUUAAGAUGGACAAGAUCUAUGUCCUGUGCACCAGGGGAUAUAUGGCACGGGGCAAAGACGGCUACAAGAGCCUUCUCAUCAAGGAAGAAGGUGGAACGGCCGAAGAGAUAGUAUCCGAGGAAAACGGAAUCCUCAUAUCCAUGAUGCUCCGGCAGUACUUCAUGUCGCUCAAGGUUCUUGAUCGCUGGAAAAACUGGAACCCGUCGCUCGACCGGCACUGGGAUCAAGUCAAGACCAACGUGACGCAGUAUCACCCGGUGCUUCCACCAUCGCCUCAAGAAACGACCAAGGGCGACGAGGCAUUCCGCAUUCCGACGCUGCCCGCCCCCAAGACGAGCAAGGACCAGAUAGCGGCGGGUUGGCAGGCGUGGACAGCUAAAAGGUUGCGCCAACGCAAGAACUCUGUGUCGCCAUUCGAUGAACAUGUGAUUGACAACGCCGUGCCGACGCCGGAUCAGGAGGAGCUAGAGAAGCUGGAUGAUGAGCUCCGCGUCAUGAGAAGAUAUUUUGGGCGCUGGUGCCGCAAGGCCGGGGUUCAACCAAGAGCAGAAGGCGAUGUCAACGGGGACGAUCUGAUGGUCAAGUGGACUCAGGCCAUUGCACCAAGGCUAGAGGGGAGGAUCACUAUUGUUGGAAAGGCCUGAGACCCAAGAUGUGUUGGCGGCCUUUGUCAUUGGGAUCUGAUAACCUUCUAUGAAAUACGACUUGAUGAGUCAUGAAAUAUCGAAACAAAACAAAAAAAGACUCUGUCCACCCAAAUCGUUACUUAUACUGAUAAUGUUUUUCAUCCAGAAAUUUUGCUUGAGGCAUCAAAUGAAUCGACAAAGGAGAGUUGUGGCUAUCUUGACAUGUCGUUUUUUUCCCCCGGUUGCCCA